UAUUCGCAAGAAAUUUGUGAACCAAUCAACUGGGAAGAGUCGUUGUUGCGAUUUUGGUUCACAAAUUAUUUGAAUAAAUAAAGAAAACUGACUCAGAACAGAUGACUCAGUGUUCAUCGAUGGCGUCUCUUCUCAGUCCAGCUGCCACCGUUCCUGGUCAACAUAAGGUGAAUUGUACAAGUGUCAGCUCCAUAUUUUCAAACACAUCAUCCAAUGUUCAACAGAUGACUGUGAGAAAUGGUAGAUACAGUGGGCUUUGUUUCACGACUAAAGCAAAGAUGUCUGCCGAAGGAGGUGUACUUGAGAAAGAUUCAGUUAGAGUCAGUGACAAGAUUGAUUAUGGAGUUGUAAGCGUGCAUCAUGUUGGAAUUCUGUGUGAAAACCUUGAAAGGUCACUUGAGUUUUAUCAGAAUAUUCUAGGUCUUGAAACCAAUGAGGCAAGGCCAGAUGAUAAGCUUCCCUACAGGGGUGCUUGGUUGUGGGUGGGUUCUGAAAUGAUUCAUUUGAUGGAGCUUCCAAAUCCAGACCCCUUAACUGGACGACCUGAACAUGGAGGUCGAGAUCGUCAUACUUGUAUUGCAAUUCGGGAUGUGUCUAAACUCAAAACAAUUCUUGAUAAAGCAGCCGUUCUCUUCUGUAGGUAUUCCCUACACACUUAGCAAAUCUGGGCGGCCAGCGAUCUUCACACGAGAUCCAGAUGCAAAUGCUUUAGAAUUUACACAAGUGGAUAACUGAUACCUUUCAGCACCUUAUAGCAUAAACUAGUAAAAUGUAUAAAUAUUUUUGGCACUGUAUGUAUAGAUAAUUACUAGUAUCAAGCUGGAUCUUGCCUUUUAUGCUGUAGCUUUAUAUAAAAAUGCAAGGAUGUGAUUGAUCAAAUGAAUUGUGUUGAUACAA